AUGUAUCUUAGCUGCAAUAUGACCAUAGCAAGCUUGUAUAAGGAUUAUUAUGUUCGGUGGUGUCAACAACAAAACAUUAUUCCAGUUAAACAAACUACUUACCGCAAAAUAUUUUGCACUGAAUAUAAUUUCGGUUUCAAGCUGCCCAAGUCUGACACGUGUAAAAUAUGUGACGAGUCAAAGAUCAAGCUUGAUAUUGCUAAAUCAAACAACGAUGACAAAGAGGAACAAAGGCUGACUACUUUUUUGAAUUCACACAAAAUUAGAUCUAAAGCUAUGCAAGAUUUGCUGAAAUUAGAGACUGAACGAUCAGAAAAUACAACAAACGUAUAUGUUAUCAGUUUUGAAUUGCAGCAGGCAAUGCCUAUACCUAAGCUUACAACAGGCCCAGCAUUUUAUUGCAGAAAAGUUUAUCUCUAUAACCUUGAAGUACACGAUUAUACAGCUGAACAGGGUCACAUGUUUUUAUGGACAGAAAAUCAAGCCAAUCGUGGAUCGGAUGAUGUAGCUUGUGUGCUUUUUAAGUUUCUUAAAGAUAAAAAGGAUGUAGGUCACCUCGUUGUAUUCACGGUCAACUGUCCUGGUCAAAGCAAAAAUUGGCUUCUUAUGGCAUUUUCGUUGCAAUUAAUUAAAGAGACAUGCUUUAAAACAAUAACACAUCAUUUUCUUGUUACUGGACAUACCCACUUGUCGUCGGACCGUGACUUCGCGUUGAUUGAAAAACGACAUAGAAAAUAUGCUCCUGAAGUUUAUUCUCCAGAAGGUUGGCACAAAAUCAUCAACGAUGCUAACAACAAGAAUCCUUUGAAGGUCACAGUUAUGCAGCAAGAAGAUUUCUUCGGUUUUGAACUACUGUUGGCCAACGUACAAAAGAGAGACUUCUCUGGUGUAUAUACCUUCCAUUUUAAAACAAAAAAUACAAAAUCAUUUUUUGUUGAGCGAAGUGAAUAUUACAAAAAAGGAUAG